AUGCCUAAAUUAAAAGACAAAAGGAAAGAAAACUACAGUGUCGCCUCUGAGAUUGACCGGUUGGAGGUGCGGCGAGCCCAGUGCCAAGAGAAUCUGGAGCAGGCGGAGUUCAAGCACCGGCGAGAUGAGCUGUCUGAGGAGCAGAGGCAGGACCUGGAGCUGGAGAUGUCUUUUAUGAAUGAGCGAGUGCACAAACUUGACCAGGAGCUGCAGGUUCUGAGGGGGGAGAACCGGAGGAACAUGGUGCUGUCGGUCGCCCUGCUGGCUGUGAGCGCUCUCUUCUAUUACGUCUUCAUCUACAGCGAGGACCAGUCAUGA